AUUUAAAAAAAGAAGUAACUUCAAACGGACAACUGAGUGCAAAGUUAUGGCUAAUACUCCACCAAUGCCAGCACCAACCAUCAACAAGGUGCCCAGCGCCCCACGCCAACAACCAACACCCAACAAUGUUGCCCGCGGUGCCCAAUGUCCUCCCGUAGCGCCCACGACGAUCUUGCCCUUGCUCGCGACAUCUAGCGCCCUCGCCGGCGCGCCUAUCGUCAACGUUCUAGCUCGUGCGCCUGUGCACCCAGUGCCUAUGCUCGCUUGCCAGCUAGUGCGCCUCGUUGCCCCCCUUUGGCACCUGCCUUUCCCACCUUGUCGUGACACCGACCUCACUUGCAUCGAGCAUCCACGCUUACAACGUGUGCCCUACUCGUCCCGCAACACCAUGUGCCCUUGGCGGCCGACAUCACCCCCUUUUGGCAAAUCUGGUGCCCAUGCCUCUCGUGCCUGA